CCACCAGUCCACACCGGAGCUCCGAGACCAUCGGCCACACUCGCUCGGCAGCAGCACCGGAGACCACGCUAGCCUUCUGAGGUCCCGGGCCGGAAGUGCGCUCUGCUCCCGCCCCCCGCUGGCGGAUCCGGAAGUGGGGGUCGGCAGCGGCUCGCCGCCCUCCUCGGGGCCCCUGGGCACGAUGCUUCGCGGCGCGCGCAGCCACCUCCCGGCCUCGGUAGCGCCCACCGCGGUCCUGGCUGCGGCGCUGCUCUCGUCGUUCGCGCGCUGCUCUCUCCCCGGGCGCGGCGACCCGGUGGCUUCGGUGCUCAGCCCCUACUUCGGCACGAAGACACGCUACGAAGAUGCCAACCCCUGGCUGCUGGUCGAUCCGGUGGCGCCGCGGCGGGACCCGGAGCUGCUGGCGGGGACCUGCACCCCGGUGCAGCUGGUCGCCCUCAUCCGUCACGGCACCCGCUACCCUACGACCAAGCAGAUCCGCAAGCUGAAGCAGCUGCAGGGGCUGCUGCAGACCCGCGAGUCCGGGGAUGGCGGGAGCCAAGUGGCCGCCGCGCUGGCCGAGUGGCCGCUGUGGUACGGUGACUGGAUGGACGGGCAGCUGGUGGAGAAGGGGCGGCAGGACAUGCGACAGCUGGCCCUGCGUCUGGCUGCCCUCUUCCCAGACCUCUUCAGCCGGGAGAACUACGACCGCCUGCGGCUGAUCACCAGCUCCAAGCACCGCUGUGUGGACAGCAGCGCCGCCUUCCUCCAGGGGUUGUGGCAGCAUCACCACCCAGGACUGCCACCUCCUGACGUCUCAGAUAUGGAGUGUGACCCUCCAAGAAUUAAUGAUAAACUAAUGAGGUUCUUCGAUCAUUGUGAGAAGUUCUUAACUGAUGUGGAAAGAAACGCGACAGCUCUUUAUCAUGUAGAAGCUUUCAAAACUGGACCAGAAAUGCAGAAGGUCUUACAGAAAGUUGCAGCUACUCUGCGAGUGCCAGUGAGCAGUUUAAAUGCAGACUUAAUUCAGGUAGCUUUUUUCACCUGUUCAUUUGACCUGGCCAUUAAAGGUGUCCAUUCUCCCUGGUGUGAUGUGUUUGACGUAGAUGAUGCAAGGGUUCUGGAAUACUUAAAUGAUCUGAAACAGUACUGGAAACGAAGCUAUGGCUACACCAUUAACAGCCGGUCCAGCUGCAACCUAUUUCAGGACAUUUUUCUACACCUGGACAAAGCAGUGGAGCAGAAGCAAAGGUCUCAGCCGGUCUCCUCUCCAGUCAUCCUCCAGUUUGGACACGCAGAGACGCUCCUGCCUCUCCUCUCCCUCAUGGGCUACUUCAAGGACAAGGAGCCUCUGACCGCUUACAAUUUCGAGGAGCAAGUCAAUCGCAAGUUCCGAAGUGGUCACAUCGUACCUUACGCCUCAAACCUAAUCUUCGUGCUUUACCACUGUGAAACCGCGCAGAGCCCCGAGGAGCAAUUCCAGAUACAGCUACUGCUGAAUGAGAAGGUGCUGCCCCUGGCUCACUCGCAGAGACCCGUCGGGUUGUAUGAGGAGCUCAAGACCCACUACCGGGACAUUCUUCAGAGCUGCCAAACUAGUAAAGAAUGCAGCCUACCCAAAGCGAACAUCACGUCCGAUGAGCUCUGAGGAACUUCGGCUGUGCAAUACUGAGGGGUGGUUGUGUUUGCAGGAGGUAGCCACCCUAGAGGCAGCAACAGGAGGAGCUCUGUGAGUCCAAGGCCAGCCUGUUCUACAUAGUGAGUCCUAGGCCAGCCAAGACUACGUAGAGCAAUAAAGCCUGGUCUUUCUGUAUUUCACAGAAAAUAAUAGUUUCUUUUAGGAUCUGGACAUACGGGUAAGACAUGGCUCUCCCUGGAGCAGCUCUCUGCAGAACAAAACUACUUAAACCAACAGCUGUCCCUCCCAGUGUUGGCAGAGCUGAAAUUUUCCUAAUGACCUAAGAAGAUACUGACGUAGAACGGUAUUAGAAAAUGACACUUCAAAAAUGUUGGAUACCAAAGCACAGUAGCUGCCGGGUGAGGUGUAGUGAUUGACAGAGAUGAGGACUUGAGUGACUGUGUUGGGUUCCCUCCUUCUCCUUCACGCAGGGCACAAAUGACAUCACUUAGUCAUAAGUGUGGUAGAAUGGAUCCUGAUGCAGAAGGAGGUCUGAUAUAAUAUCCAGACAGGAAAUUGACACGCUAUCAAGAACCAGGUUGAAGCAAAACUGAAAGUGUGGGAUAUUUUUGUUGACGUUAUUUAUAAAAAUAUUUCAACACUGUCAAUAAUUGCCUUUAACCUCCAAGUAGGUCUUGCAGAAUCGUCUUCAUUUCAUCAGACGUGUUUGGGGUGAGCAGUAAUAAUAGGAGGUCCAGCCUGGCAGACGCUUGCUGACGCUCCUUGGCUCUUGCCUGCUUGUCUUUUUCAUUCCAUCAUGGCUUCCCUUUUUAUAUCUCGAUCUUACAUAAAGUGUUCCUUUUGGUGGUUUGGAUUUUUUUUUUUAAAUAAAGACCUUAUUUGCCUAAUUUAAUUGUAGAGAUUUGAACGUGAUCAAAGAAAUUUUGAGUUCUCUCAAAUACCAUAAAAGUGUUUGCUACAAUAAAUAAAAUUCUUGUGACUUUACUACCAA